AGUGAUUGAUGUAUCAAAAACACUUACGUAUGAUUAUCACUACAAUGUUAUGCGGAAACACUAGGGGGACAGAAUUAAACUCAUGUAUACUGACACAGUGUACACGUUCUAUGCGUUAUGCACGUUUCUACGUGGAUACGAAUUCGUGCUGCUGGCCGAUAUAAAUCACGGAAACCGUGAACCGCAACAAAAAAAAAACCGUAACAACAUAUCCGAUUGUGUGGAACGUUAUUAAGUCCCGAGCACGCGGAAUAGUUGCAACGUUAAGUUUUAGAAGCUAAAUCGUACCGCUAAUUCGGUACAUCACUUAAUUGGAUCUCAACCCGAGACGCCGCGCAACCUAAAGAUGGACGUAAUUCCGCAAACAUUUACCGCCGAUGAAGAUGUGUCGUCGGAAGUAUCGUUGUCGAUGGCGACCGACGUGACGGACGCGCACCGCCCGAUGUGCUACAACGGAUUCGAGUACGUGAAACCGACGUGGAGACGGUGCUCGAAGCCCGAUAUGAUGGUCGACGAGAAGCCGGCGACGAAGUGCAUGCCACCGGUGGCCGAGAAUAUACCGGUGGCCGGGAGUACGUGGGCGGUAGGCGAGGGUGAUGAAUCGGCGUCCGCCCAGGAUCCGCAGCAUUCGUACGAGGCGGUUCGGGCCGCGAUCGAGCGGAAGGCGGCCAAACCACCGCUGGACGCGCACGAACGGACGGCAGCCUUACCUCGGGCCGCGAACGAAUUGACGGUGGCCAAACCACCGCGAGCCACGCGCAAGCGGACGGCGACCAAACCGCCACGGGACGCGCACGAGCGAACGGCGGCCGGCCCCCGGUCCACGGACGGGCGGACGGGGGCCGGAUCACGGGCCACGGUCGGGCGGACUGCGGCCAAACCACCGCGAGCCACGCGCGAACGGACGGUGGCCAAACCACCGCGAGCCAUGCGCGAACGGACGGUGGCCAAACAACCGCGAGCCACGAAAGAGCGAACGGCGCCCAAACCACCGCGAGCCACGAACGAGCGAACGGCGGCCAAACCGCCACGAGCCAUGCGUGAGCAGACCACGGCCAAACCACCGCGGGACGUGCACGAGCGGGCGGCGGCCAAACCUCAGGCCACGGUAGCGGUGAUCGACCGUAGAUCGUUGGCCGCGCGAACCGCCGCCAUGAACGGGACGGACCGCGUUCCGCAACCGAUCGCUACGCGAGUGAAAAACGCAUACUUGCCCACGAAAUCGUACGUGAUGCCCGGAUCUUCGUCGACCGCUUACGCAGAGCUACAGAGGAAGAGGGCGCAGGAGGUACGCAACCAAAACUAUAUGCUGAUGACGCGGAUACUGAAGACCAAGUCCUUGUUACCAGCGUACCGUAAGCGUCCAUAGUACAUAUUUCUGUAGGGUGAAGUAAGAUAUUUUCGUGGCAUAAGAAAUUUCGUGAUAUUAUUUGUUGAACGUACGAUAGUAAAAUGCAAUUCGUGCAAUUAGAGAGUUACAUUUAGUUCCUUGUUACACGAUUGACUAAAAUGUUACAUUGGUCCUUGAGAUGGCUGUUUUUAAGGAUCGAUGUAAUUUUCAAGUCAAUCGUGUAAUAGAGAGUUACAUU